GGAGGGGAUUGGAGCUGAAUGCUGGUUCAUGAGAGAGACAGGGAUACAGGAACUGCUGGGGAAACAGAAUUUUAUACUUUACCAGGGUCCAUGGUCCUGGCACUGAGUUGGUUUACUGAACCUUUUCCAGCUGGUGAUGGUGAGGACUCGAUUGCAACGACUGCUGACUGCAAUCAAUAGGAGAAUGAUGAAGUUGCUCAUUGCACUUGCCCUGAUCGCCUAUGUAGCCUCUGUUUGGGGAAAUUUUGUCAAUAUGAGCAGGUCAAUUCAAGAAAAUGGGGAACAGAAAAUAGAAAAUAAAAUUGAAGAGAUAAUUUCUCCCUUGAGAGAAAAGAUACGAGAUUUAGAAAAAAGUUUUACACAAAAAUAUCCACCUGUGAAAUUCUUGUCUGAAAAGGACAGAAAAAGAAUCUUGAUAACUGGCGGAGCGGGGUUUGUGGGCUCUCAUCUUACUGAUAAGCUAAUGAUGGACGGUCAUGAAGUUACAGUUGUAGACAACUUCUUCACGGGAAGGAAAAGAAAUGUGGAGCACUGGAUUGGUCAUGAGAAUUUUGAACUUAUUAACCAUGACGUUGUUGAGCCACUUUACAUUGAAGUGGACCAGAUAUACCACUUGGCAUCUCCUGCUUCACCUCCAAAUUACAUGUAUAAUCCAAUAAAGACACUCAAGACAAACACUAUUGGGACUCUAAACAUGUUAGGUUUAGCAAAGCGUGUUGGUGCCCGGCUUCUGCUAGCUUCAACAUCAGAAGUCUAUGGCGAUCCUGAAGUACACCCCCAAAAUGAAGAUUACUGGGGACAUGUGAAUCCGAUUGGUCCUCGAGCUUGCUAUGAUGAGGGGAAAAGGGUGGCAGAGACAAUGUGCUAUGCUUAUAUGAAACAGGAAGGUGUAGAGGUUCGAGUGGCACGAAUAUUUAAUACAUUUGGACCACGGAUGCACAUGAAUGAUGGCAGAGUUGUCAGCAAUUUUGUUCUUCAGGCACUACAGGGAGAGCCUUUGACGGUUUAUGGCUCAGGAUCUCAAACGAGAGCAUUUCAGUAUGUCAGUGACCUGGUAAAUGGACUGGUGUCAUUAAUGAACAGCAAUGUCAGUAGCCCUGUAAACCUGGGAAAUCCAGAGGAGCACACCAUUCUAGAAUUUGCCAGAUUAAUUAAACACCUCGUUGGGAGUGGUGGGGAAAUCCAUUUUCUUUCAGAAGCUCAAGAUGAUCCUCAAAGGCGGAAACCAGACAUAACGAAAGCCAAACUUUUACUUGGCUGGGAACCUGUGGUUCCCUUGGAAGAAGGUUUAAACAAAACUAUCCACUACUUUAGUAAAGAACUUGAAUAUCAAGCGAACAAUCAGUAUAUCCCAAAACCCAAGCCAGCAAGAAUAAAAAAAGGGAGAACGCGGCAUAACUAAACACUCCAUGAAGAAGGACGGAUUUCUUGACUGUUUACAGGAUGUAAUUUUUUUUUUUCUUCCUCUCUCUGUUUUCUUUACAAGAGAAAAAAAGACUCUUGAGAGGUGUCAUGAAGAAUAAAACUGGAAUUUCCCCCUGAAGCUUGCUUUAAAGAAUGGAUGUGCCUACAAAACAAAACUUAAGAACUGCGAAUCUUGCCUUGCACUUUUUAAACAUGUCUUUAUAUGUACAAUAGUGUAGGAAAUAAUUGUAAGUCUCCAAGUUUUAUAUAUCUUGCUGUGAUUUUGUUUUGCCCCUGUCUUAGGACAGUUUAACCCUUUGCUGAUACAAGGGUCAGCAAAAUAUUGCUUUAUAAUUCUUUUUAGGAUGCUGUAUGAGCAAAGGGUUUAAAUUACUGGUUUCUUUUUGAAGCUGAAGAGACAAAUGUAAACAGGAUGGAAAAUGCCAAUUUUAUUUAUAGAUGUUUAAGGAAAUGAUGGUUACUUUUAAAUAUAAAACAUUAUUCUAUGCAUAUUAAAAAGGGCAGCAGUAUUGUCAGGAAUGUUGCACUGACAUAUCAACAUGUUUUGCUAAACUCCUUGAGUGAAAUUUAAGGGGUCAGAAAGAUUUCUGUUAAAAAGCUUUACACCAUUUUCUUUUAAGUCUGUUUUUCCCUCUCUUUUUUUAAGCUGUGUUGUACAUUUUGAAUUUGAAAGCGGUCGUUAUUAACAAGAAUAUUUUGAAUCACUAUUGUGUUGUCAUGUGUACUCUUGGAUAAAAAAUAAAGUAUUAUCAGUUUCUGGUGGUUGAAUAUGCUAUUUUAAUAAAACAUUCAAAGAAAACAA